CAAAUAUGUUUAAAAAUAAAAUACAGCUGAUCGUCAAAGAGUGAAGUGUUCGGUGUAUUUGAUACGCUGGAAAAUGGAAUGGUAGUAAUCGUCUAAAUAUGGCGAAUAUUGCGAACCCUUUACCUUAUAUAACCAAAAGAGAAUAUGGACUUAUUCCUGAUGUUCAGUCACAGUUGUUUACUAAACGUCUUAAUGCUGCAAAAAAUUUGUAUCGUCGGGAUUUAGUGUGCCACUUCGGAUGUGUAAACGCUAUCGAGUUUUCCAGCAAUGGCGAAUUACUUGUAUCGGGUGGAGAUGACAGGAGGGUGAUGUUAUGGCAGUUUGGACAGGCCAUCCUUGAUCAUGGGAAGCCAGAGGCAAUGAAAGCAGUCCACCAAUCAAAUAUAUUUUGUCUUGGAAUAACAAGUGAUAACCAGAAAAUUUAUUCUGGUGGUAAUGAUGAUAUUGUCAUUGUGCAUGACCUUGAAAGCAAAUGCCCUUUGGAAGUUCUUCAACACCAAAGAGCGGUGUGCAGCCUCAGUAUAGACCCAUUUAAUGAGAGAGUGGUGACUACAGCAGGCAAUGAUGGCCGCUUGCUGCUUUUUGAUACUAGACAAUCUGUUCAUGAGUCUAUGGUGAUAUCGCGGAGUCGCAAGGCGUUCCACGGUGUAAUGUUCCACCCUCAACAAGUGGGCGUGUUGGUGUCGGCUAACGCGCGUGGCGGCGUCGCACUGUGGGACUUGCGAUCACCGAAACACCCAGUCCUCCGCUACUUCGGUAACAACGGUACAUGUCAGAAUAGUAUGAGCGUCCGCUUUAAUUCCGCGGGCACCCACAUCCUCGCGUUGCGUCGUCGCUUGGCGCCCGUACUGUACGCUGUGCACUCACCCGAUCCCGUCGCGGAGUUCUACCACCAGGACUACUACAACUCGUGCACUAUGAAGAGUUGCUGCUUUGCCGGAAAAGGAGACCAGUUUGUUCUGUCCGGCUCUGAUGACUUCAAUCUAUAUAUGUGGAAGAUACCUGAUAGUGGGGAGUUUGAUAUGGUAGUGGAACCGCCGCACAUUGUAUUAUACGGGCACAGGUCUAUAGUGAAUCAAGUUCGCUACAACUCACAGUACUGCCUCAUCGCAUCCUCAGGAGUUGAAAAAAUUAUAAAGGUGUGGUCUGCGCUGGAGUAUCCACAGAUGCGCGGAGCUCUGUUAGAGGAGGCGCAGGGCUCCGACAACCCACGCGAGAUAUACAGCCACGAGGAUUAUGUGUCUCUCGUACAUCAUAGUGGACAGUAUAUUUCACACAACUACGCGGAACAAUCGACAGUGGAAGACCAGCGUAUGAUGGCUUUCUUCGACUCGCUGGUGCAGCGCGAGCUGGAGUGCCUCGCGGCAGAGACGGACUCGCUGGACGCCUCCAGCUCAGCAUCGCCGCCCGCCGUAGACUCUGAUGACUCCGACCGCGCUGUCGCUGAUCUCCUCACCCUGCAUCCUAAGCGAGUAAAUCCAAACGGCAACCGCAGCCAGCGCUGUCCCAACAGGCUGGCUCGCCUUGUCGCCUCGCGGUAUCCUAAAAACACUCGCGCACAGAAACGAGGAUCGCAAAGGCGUAACAAACAGACUCGAUCUUGUGUGAGCAAAUCCAGCAGUAAGUGCGAUAGCGCAGCUGCUGGUGGUGUUGGGGGUGUGGGGUGUGCGGGGGGUGUGGGGUCGAAGGGCAAGCGUGCUGUGGCGCGGAGGGCGCGGGGUCCGCGCCGCACCACGCCCCGCGCGCCCCGCACCCCGCGCCCACAGCGCCCACUCUCCGCACCCUCCAGCGACCGCACAGACUCCGACGAGCCCACGCACACCCUCUACAGGAGCUCCAGCAGGAGUACAAGACCACUGCGGCGUCGAAUGAAUUUAUCGAGGACUACAAAGAGGAAAACUAAAGUCACUAGUUAUAGGAAAGUUAUGAAUAUAAAAAAUAAUGGCUCUGCCAUGGCUCAGGACAGUAGUGAUAACAAUAACUUUACUAAUUUUAAUCAAUUCGAAGAGAACUUAGCACUGCCAAGCACUAGCACAGGUUAUAGGGGCCAAAGUUCAGCAUUGUUCCGGAUAGCGGAGGUUGACUCCGACGACGACCAAUCAGUGAGCAGUCGGCCGAUAUCCCCGCGGGCGCAGGGCGGCGCACCCGGCGCGCCCGGCGUGCCCCCCGACCUCGUCAGCAUUGUCCCCACGCCCGUCAACGGUUCGCGCGACUCCCUCGGCGACACGCUGCGCCUAGACCCCCCGGCGCCCUCCUCGCCACCCUCGCCCCGCCCUCGCGCCCCCCAGCGCCGCUCUCGCCGCACCGCGCGCGCCCCCCACUGCUCCGACUCCAGCGACGCACCCGCCGCGCCCCCGCCCCCCAGCAACUACAACACCGUCGCCCGCCUUCUCAACGAAACCAACGAGAGCGAGCUCGAGAGCAGCUGCAGCACUGAGAGUGGUGUCUGGCCCCCCGCCGCACCCACCACACCCGCCACGCCCGCCACACCCGACAGCGGGGUGGGCACAGGUUCGCGUCCCUCCCGCGGCUCCCGCAUACCCCGCGCACAAAACGAUGUCUCCGACGACCCCGACUACCAGACCCUCAAGUUCCGACAACGCGUCAAACGAGCGAGACGCAAUUACAGGAAUCACAUGGACUCUGAUUCAAACUGAAAUAUCAAUAGAUAGAUAUUAAAAUGUGUUUCAUAUUGUUAUUAUAAGUUAUCCGCUCUAUGGGCGAUUAUUUAACUAUUUGUACCCUGUGUCUACAAGUUCCGUAAAGGUUUCAGGGAAUGUCCCUCCUAUAAGUGAUUGGAAGAUAUUCCCUGUGUUAUUUAAGGGUUCAUCCAAACUGUAAGGCCUCCUUUGAACACAUUUUUCCAAUUUUAUAUACUUACAAACGACUAGUCUUUACAUUGCCAAUAUUUUUUAGAAGUUGCGUUUUGGCGCGAUCUCAAAAAUAAGUGUGUCUGGAGGCCUUAUCUCUGCUUAUUGUUGUAUAGUUGAGUUAUUGAUAAAUAUAUUAUAAUUCCCUUUGCAAAAAAGAAGAGGACGCUUACGACUUUGUCGAGUUAUAACUUUUAAG